AUGACCCGACGAAACGAAGAUUUUGAUGAAUUUUCUGAUCCCGAUAAUCCGAGAAUCCUUAAUUAUGAUGAUGUGGUACAAGCUGCAAAUUCAAUAAAACCUUAUAUAAUACAAACACCAUGCAUGGCAGCACACACUCAACGAGAACUUGGUAUAUACAUCCAUUAUAAACUAGAUUUCUUACAACACAGUGGAUGUUUUAAAGAAAGAGGAGCUCUAUAUGCUCUUCAAAAAUUACCAGCCGACAAAAAGAAAAUUGGAGUGGUUAUAGCCGCAACAGGUAACGAAGCAGUUGGUUUAUGCUACCACACAAAGAAGAUGAAUAUUCCUACCACUGUAGUAGUACCAGUCACGUUGCCACUUUCGAAAAUACACAGGAUUAAUACUUUAGGUGGAAAAACUGUUUUGCACGGAUCCACUUUUGCAGAAGCUCUGAAACAAGCUCGUGUCUUGGCUAGAGAAAGAGGACUAACCUAUAUUAACGUACGUGAUCAUCCGGACGCCCUCGCGGGCUUCGGCACUGUAGCUUUGGAGCUCUUAGAUCAAGCACCGUUUGCCGAUGCCAUUCUCGUGCCUAUAGGAACGGGUGCUCUGGCUGCAGCCGUAGCCACUGUCAUCAAACAGAAAAAACCAUCUUGCCUUGUUUAUGGUGUCGAGUCUGAAAACAUUGGUUUACUGACCAAGUCAUUGGAUAACGGUGAGCCAGUGUGUAAUCCACAAACGGCGGUAGGCAGCCUCGCUGGCAACGCGCUGAGUGUCAAUGUAAUCGGUGUCAACGCGUUUGCUAAUGCGAGGCCAUUACUGGACAAAGUGUUACUGGUAAAAGAGGACUGGAUAGCUCGUGCAAUGUUACAUUUAUCUGAAAGAGAGAAAUUUAUAGUGGAAGGCACGGCAGCUUGCACAUUGGCCGCUGUUUUAGGAGGUCUUGUGCCUGAACUCAAACAAAAGAAUGUGGUCUGUAUCCUCACAGGAGGCAAUAUUGACAGUUUGAUGUUAAAUCGCAGCUUACAGAGAGGUUUGGCUGCAGAAGGGCGUCUAGUGAAAUUCAGGGUUGGCGUCUAUAAUCGGCAAGGUGCAAAAUCAGACUUAAUGAAUUUAAUAGCAAGUGGAGGCUUCAAUGUUAUCACUCAUUUUAUAGACAACUAUUGGACAGAGGGCGACACCUAUCGAGCUGAGAUGAAAAUAGUAGUAGAAUCAAAAAAUUUGGAGCAUUCAUUGCAAUUAAAGAGAAUAAUCGAAAGAGCGUACCCUGAGUCGGCAAUCUUCGAAAGUGAACCAUUCAACGAUAAGCGGACGUGUCCAUGUUACGUCAAGAAAAGUAAAUAG